AAAUUUAGUUGCUCGUUUCUCUUCAAAGUGAUUGUUUCGUGUUGACGGCACAAAACGUUUUUGUUUUUAUAAAAAACAUAUACCAAUUGUUUUUAACUGUGUGAGUGUGCCUUAAAGUAGCCGGCAAAUAAUAAAAAAAGAAAUAAACCAGAAAAAAAGAAACCAAAAGAAGCAGAAAUAAAAAAAACCCCAACAAAUAACACAAAGUUUUUUAGUGAUUGUGGAUGCUUGAAAACGAAUAGAGAAAGAAAAGGAGUAAAAGUUGAUUUCAAAGAAAAACGAAACAACAUCUAAUAUAUCACAAAAGUCCCCCACAAAGAGUAAAUAGCUAUUGCUUACGUUGCAGUUACUCUAGGAAAAUAAACCGAAUCAACUAAAAACCAAAAAAAAAAAUCUAUUAAACAUCUACGAGUGGUAGUUUACAAUAUAUUUUGGAAUCUCCCCUUACUUGGUCAUUAAGUAACAACAACAAAAUGUAUCCAUUUGGUUCCGGUAUGCCACAGCCACAUGGCUCGCCAUCGCAACAUGGUUACCAACAGCCGGGCAUGCCAGUCGGUGUACCAUUUGGGGCUGGUUGGGUAGCACCCACACAGCAUCCCCAUCAGCAGCAACAACAACAACAGCAACAACACCACUCACCACAACAUUCGAAUUUACACUACCAAUCAUUGCCAUCACAUCAGCAUGUGCAUCAGCAAGCGCCCUAUCCAACUACUAACUCUGCUCCCUAUCCCACUAAUAAUGCAACACCAUAUCCUACUAAUAAUACGGCUCCCUAUCCCACGGCAGGACAAUAUGCCCAAGCCACACCCUAUCCACCGCAAGGUAAUCAAUCAGCACCCUAUCCCGGCUCCUCAUAUCCCCAUAACCCCCAUCAGGCACCUUAUCCAACAUCGACGGGCUCACCAUCUCAUUAUCACAAUCCCCACUAUGGUCAACCGGCUGUCAGUCAUCCCUCGGCCUAUAAUCCCAAUCAUGGUUAUACACCUGUCAGAACUUCGGUAGGCCUAGAGUCGCCGGCUGGCAAUAUACAGCAUUGUUUUGAGGAAUUGGCCCAAAGGCAGGGUCAUCCCAUACAACAUCAUAGCGUUGUACGCAGAGAGAAUAUUGGAUUUUCUGAAUUUGUUAACGAUGUUAAUGAGGAGGUUGAUGUUGAUGAUAAGGAAGAUAUUUAUGAUGAAAUUAAUGAAACAUUUGAUUCGGAAAACACUUUAGAUGAUGUGAAUUCUUUAGAAACUUUUUAUGCGGUUCAAAAACAGCAGCAUGGUACUCCUACCGUGUUUCCAGCCCAAAAUUUUGAUCCCGUUAAAGAUGCCCAUGAUUUGCGUAAGGCCAUGAAAGGUUUUGGCACUGAUGAGGAUGCGCUCAUCAACAUCAUCUGCCGUAGAACCAAUGAGCAAAGACAAGAAAUCCAACGUCAAUAUAAAACCCAUUUCGGCAAAGAUCUUAUUGAGGACAUACGCUCCGAGACCAGUGGCAAUUUCGAAAAGCUUUUGGUUGGUCUUUUGCGUCCCAUUGUGGAUUAUUAUUGUCAUGAGUUGAAUGAUGCCAUGGCUGGUCUGGGCACUGAUGAGGAUGUUCUUAUUGAAAUUCUAUGCACUCUAUCGAAUCAAGAGAUUCAUACCAUUAAAAAUCAAUAUUUGCGAUUGUAUGGUGCCCAUUUGGAAUCUGAACUAAAAUCUGAGACUUCCGGAAAUUUCAAACGUUUGCUGGUUUCCCUUUGUGCUGCUGCACGCAACGAAAGUGGUCUGACUGACCCCGCAGCUGCUCAGAGUGAUGCUCGGGAAUUGCUUAAGGCUGGUGAAUUGCGUGUUGGCACCGAUGAGAGCAUGUUCAAUAUGAUUUUGUGCCAGCGUAAUUAUCAACAAUUGAAAUUGAUCUUCCAUGAAUAUGAGCAUAUGACUGGACACUCACUGGAAAAGGCCAUUAAGAAGGAAUUUUCUGGAGACAUCAUGGAGGGACUCAUUGCAAUUUGUCGUUGUGUUAACAACAAGGCAGAAUAUUUUGCUUCUCGUCUACACAAAAGUAUGGCUGGUAUUGGAACCAAUGACAAGCAGUUGAUACGAGUUAUCAUUACCAGAUGCGAGAUCGACAUGGGUGACAUUAAGGUUGCCUAUGAACGCAUGUAUGGCAAGAGUUUGAAGAGCUGGAUUAAGGGUGACACAUCGGGGCACUACAAGCAUGCCUUGUAUGCAUUGGUGGGAGAGCAGCGUUCGAAUUCUUAAACACUAAGCAGAACUUCUUAAACUAUGAAGAAGAAGAAGGGAGGGAACUUUUCUACAACUAUAACUGCAAUUAUAAUUAAUUCGAAUAUUUUCUAUUUUUAAAAAAUUUAACAAACCCUUUUUGAGUAUUAGACAAAACCAAUCAUAUUUGCUACUAUGUUUUACAAACAAAAAAUAUUUAAGAAAAAAUUAAAUUCGGAUUUGAAAAAAUUAUCAAGAAAUUUAAAAAAAAUCAAAACUGACCACAAACACAUUGCUAUGCAAUAACACAACACAAGUUUCCUGUUCAAACCUUGAGGUUAUGCCAGGAAAACCAAGAACAAACUACAAAAAAUGCAUUUAAUGUAAUUUUACCAUUUAAAACCCCAUGAAUACAAAGAAAUCUCUGACAGUGACUUUUUUCGCUAAAUAUUUAAUUGAAAAUAAAAUGCAAAAAUAUAAAACAACUACAGUUUAAAACUGUUAUAAAAGUG